AUGAGUCUUUGUUUGAAUCGCCUAACUGAGGAGAGAAAGCAGUGGCGCAAGGAUCACCCAUUCGGUUUUUAUGCCAAACCAAACCGCAACGCUCAAGGAGUUUUGGAUAUGAAAAACUGGGAGUGCGGCAUCCCUGGAAAGUCUGGCACUCUUUGGGAGGGUGGAUUGUUUAAGCUCCAUCUCAUUUUCCCGGAAGAAUACCCUACCAAGCCACCAAAAUGCAAAUUCGUCCCCCCUCUUUUUCACCCAAAUGUCUACCCGUCUGGCACCGUCUGCCUGUCGAUUCUGAAUGAAGAAGAAGCCUGGCGCCCUGCGAUUACGAUUAAGGAGAUCCUCAUUGGUGUCCAAGACUUGCUCGAUGAUCCCAAUCCCGAAUCCCCAGCGCAGGCGGAAGCUUAUAACCUCUUCAAGAAAGACCGCGCCGCUUACGAAAAGAAAGUUCGACAAAUUGUGCGCGAAAAUCCGGCACCUUGA